CACUUGAAGUGUGGAUGAAAAGGUGCGUCUCGGUCGGAAGGAUGGCGGGGUGCUGAGCGGCUCAGAGUUCGGCGAAAACAUCACAGAGGAGCCGUUUGAAGUUAUCUGCGGAAAGGAUAAUUCUUCCAUAACCAGGGCAUCGGCCUCACUCUCCGGCUGCCAGCAUGAUGAAGGACUGCCUGCAGUUCCUUAUCGAGCCGGCCAAAAAGCUCAAGAUCCGACUCAAGGAGUCUCGCAAGCGAGUGAGACAUGAGAAGAAGGAGCCGCUGGUGGAGAGCCAGCUAUUUAUUAUGGAACUGGCCCGAGAACUCAACAAAAUCUGCCAGAGGUCAAAUGUCCUCGGCCACAUCUGGACGAGUGAGGACAUCUGGCCAGCCAGUGUGUGCCGUGACUUCAUCGUGGAAUGGGCCUCUGUGUUGGAGAAGAGAGUACAGCCGAGGAUCAUCCUGUCUGACUACCAGUAUGAGAAACCAGAGAAGAAAGACUGGAAGGGACACCUCCUGUGCAUGCUGGAGGCAGGGGGGGAGUCUGACAUGGGGCCCCACAAAAGAGUCAUCUUGGACUGGACACGGGAGAUUAAAAGCAGACCUCAGCCCACCGUCUGGCCAGGGGAGCCUGUGCUCAUGAUGCUGGAUGACCUGGAGUUCCAGUGGAAGAGGGGUCGCCUGCCCAGCCUUCUCCCGGCCAUGGAGCUCGUCAUGCUGGCCGUGCUGAAUGCUGACAGCCUUGUCAAGGAGGAUGUGACUAAGCAAUGGCUGGUGAGAAAGCAGAGGAGCCAGAAGAUUGACGCUGUCCGCUACAUCCCCCACAGCGUGUGGAAUUGGAUUUGCGAUGCUGCAGAGGAAGUCACUCUGGACUCAGACUCGGCCAACCCAGACCUGCUCAUCUCCACUGAUGAAAAGCGCAUGCGGUGCGGCCUGGAGCGCCGGACCGUACCGCGUUGCCAGCGACGCUUCGACGGCUGGCGGUGUGCCGUCGGCCAGGAGGGCUUCGCCUCCGGACGCCACUACUGGGAGGUGGAGGUCGGUGAGCGGGACUGGCGGCUGGGUGUGGCCAAGGCAUCCGCGGUGAGGCAGGGCUUCCGCUCGCUCAACACAGAUACAGGCUACCUGACCCUCCGUCUGGAGAGGGGCACAGAUCUUAAAGCCCUGACGGUGCCCGUCACCCCGCUGUCACAGAGCCUGGUGCCCAGGAAAGUUGGGGUGUACCUGGACUAUGAGCAGGGCCAGCUGUCUUUCUACGAUGUGGAGAAGCGCUCCCACCUGUACACCUACAGUGAGAAGUUCACAGAGGAACUGUACCCCGUGUUUGGGACUGUGGAGGUGGUCAAAGACCUGGUGAUAAGGCCUGCAGAUGUCAGACAGCCAUGCCUCUGCCCCGGGCCCUGCCUCUGGAACUGAACUGCUCAACACACAUCAAUCACUCCUCUGUCCCGAUCCUCAGCAACCCACAGAGUCUGUGCUUCUGUUCUGGUCCAUUAUUUAGUGAAUUUGAAUCUUGUGUGCUGUUUGUGGACUAAACGUCUGACUCUGUCUGCGGGUUGCCUUGUGAGAUCAGGAAGAAGAACCGCCAUCAUUCUGCAUUACCCUUUGUGUUACUCUGCCUUCAUAGAGACAUGCAGUGUUUGACUAUUUGUAUUGUAAAGAUAAAUAUUUUGAGGCUGUCCGAAAAAAAGACUCACAAAACAGCUGAACAGUAAUGUUUUCUUCACAUUGUCCAAAAAGGUUUGAGAGGGUUUAAAGUCCAUAAUGAUGGAAUUCCUUAACCCACAAAGAAACAUAUAUUUUUCUUUCAAAGUCAAAACAUAAAAAACACAGAUAUUGGAGUUGAAGGUUUGUAUGCCACAACGGCUAUAUAAAAUUUAUUUAUUUUUCAUUCCUUUUUUUAAUUGCUUAGAGGUGAAAGAAGAACAAGAACAAACUCACUUCACAGAUGUUAUAAAAAGCAUGAAAGCACUGUGAACGGACGUGCAUCCAAUCAGUGCAGCUGAUGAGAGCUUGCUAACUCGCAGAUAAUUACAGACUGGGUUGACGCAUGUGAAGAGUUAAUCCCCACUCUGUUUGCUUCUUUGUCUCAAGCUUCCUGCAAACACUUGUCAGGCAUGAGCUUGUUUUUGCAGAUGUGCUUUUGUUUGUGUGUGUGCAAUACGAAAGAUAUCAAUGCUUCCCCCUCAAACAUAAAUAAAUGAACUGUAAAUGCA